CGCCACGGGAGGCCACGGUCCCGCGAGGCUCGCCCCUGUCGGUCCCGCGGCGCGCGCACCGCGAGACGCGCGGCCCCCGGGGAGCGGCGCACGCGCAGUGCGGGCGCGCGCACCAGGCCCCGCUCCCGCCCCCGCCCCCGCCCCCGCCCCCGCCCGGCUCCGGCCCGGCCUCAGUCCGCGGCGAGUCGGCUGCCUGACCGAAGGCCCUGAAUCCCAGUGUCGCCUGCGGUUCUGAAGACACUGGGUGGCCGGGGAGAGGGUGGAGACGACGGCGGUGACGAGCUUCCCGGCUGCCGGCUGCCGAAGCUGAGUGGUGUGGGUGCAGGAAGUAGGAGCCGAGGAGCCGAGGAGCCGAAGGGGGCAGCCGCGCCUGCAGCUAACGGCCUCCCGGGGCGCUGACCGCUGGGCAGGCGAACCGCUCGCUCAGGAGUUCGCGCCGCCGCCUCCACCGCUCAGUUUGUGGGGCCCGGACUUGCGGCGCGUCCGGGAGAAGAGCUUGUGCCCCGGCGCGGGGAGAGGCCGGGUCCUCGCCGCCGAGGGAUGUGAGUGGGAGCCGCAAUCGCACGGGAGGGAUCCGGAGGUCCCAGCCUGGCGGACGCUCGGACCCGAACCCGUGCCCGCUCCGGGGGCUUCGCAGACCGUGGCCGGCCGGAGGCGCCCGGUAGGAGCAGCCCGGGGUCUGGGGGCGCGUCCUCGUCGCCCGGUCCGUGCAGCGGGUUUCAGAAACAGGCAAGGGGACAAGAUGUGAACUGUUUUCCUUCUGCAGCACCAGAGGCCCUUCCUCCCCUUCCCGCGAAGGCAAAUGUUCUGAAAAAGACUGCAUGGGAAUGGCUUGCCUCACAAUGACAGAAAUGGAAGGAACAUGCACACCUCCUAUGCAUCAGAAUGGUGAUAUUCCUGGAAUUACUGAUCCUGUGAAACAAAUAGAUCCAGUCCUUCAGGUGUAUCUUUAUCAUUCCCUUGGGAAAACUGAUGGAGAUUACCUGAAGUUUUCAACUGGGGAAUAUGUUGCAGAAGAAAUUUGUGUUGCUGCUUCUAAAGCCUGUGGAAUCACACCUGUGUAUCAUAGUAUGUUUGCUUUAAUGAGUGAAACAGAAAGGAUCUGGUAUCCACCCAACCAUGUCUUCCAUAUAGAUGAGUCAACUAGGCACAAUGUACUCUACAGAAUAAGAUUUUAUUUUCCUUACUGGUAUUGUAGCGGCAGCAACAGAACUUACCGGCAUGGAAUUUCUCGAGGUGCUGAAGCUCCUCUUCUUGAUGACUUUGUUAUGUCUUACCUUUUUGCUCAGUGGCGGCAUGAUUUUUUGCAUGGAUGGAUAAAAGUACCUGUGACUCAUGAAACACAGGAAGAGUGUCUUGGGAUGGCAGUGUUAGAUAUGAUGAGAAUAGCCAAAGAAAAUGAUCAAACCCCACUGGACAUCUAUAGCUCUAUCAGCUAUAAGACAUUCUUACCAAAAUGUAUUCGAGCAAAGAUCCAAGACUAUCAUAUUUUGACAAGAAAGCGAAUAAGGUACCGAUUUCGCAGAUUUAUUGAGCAAUUCAGCCAUUGCAAAGCCACUGCCAGAAACUUGAAACUUAAGUAUCUUAUAAAUCUGGAAGCUCUUCAGUCUGCCUUCUACACAGAGCAAUUUGAAGUAAAAGAACCUGGAAGAGGUCCUUCAGGUGAGGAGGUUUUUGCAACCAUUAUAAUAACUGGAAACGGUGGAAUUCAGUGGUCAAGAGGGAAACGUAAAGAAAGUGAAACACUGACAGAACAGGAUUUACAGUUAUAUUGUGACUUUCCCGAUAUUAUUGAUGUCAGUAUUAAGCAGGCAAGCCAAGAAGGCUCAAAUGAAAGCAGAAUUGUAACUAUCCAUAAGCAAGAUGGUAAAAAUCUGGAAAUUGAACUUAGUUCAUUAAAGGAGGCUUUGUCUUUUGUGUCAUUAAUUGAUGGAUAUUAUAGAUUAACUGCAGAUGCACACCAUUACCUCUGUAAAGAAGUAGCAUCUCCAGUGGUGCUUGAAAAUUUACAAAGCAACUGUCAUGGCCCAAUUUCAAUGGAUUUUGCCAUAAGUAAACUGAAGAAAGCAGGUAAUCAGACUGGACUUUAUGUACUUCGAUGCAGUCCUAAGGAGUUUAAUAAAUAUUUUUUGACUUUUGCUGUUGAGCGUGAUAAUGUCAUUGAAUAUAAGCACUGUUUGAUUACAAAAAGUGAGAAUGGAGAAUUCAACCUCAGUGGGACUAAGAAGAACUUCAAUAAUCUUAAAGAUCUUUUGAAUUGCUACCAGAUGGAAACUGUUCGUUCAGACAAUAUAAUUUUCCAGUUUACAAAAUGCUGUCCUCCAAAGCCAAAAGAUAAAUCAAACCUUCUAGUCUUUAGAACAAAUAGUGUUUCUGAUGUACCAACCUCACCAACAUUACAGAGACAUAAUAAUGUGAACCAAAUGGUGUUUCACAAAAUCAGAAAUGAAGAUUUAAUAUUUAAUGAAAGUCUUGGCCAAGGCACUUUUACAAAAAUUUUUAAAGGUGUAAGAAGAGAAGUAGGAGAUUAUGGUCAACUGCAUGAAACAGAAGUUCUUUUAAAAGUUCUGGAUAAAGCACAUAGAAACUAUUCAGAGUCUUUCUUUGAAGCAGCAAGCAUGAUGAGCCAGCUUUCUCACAAGCAUCUGGUUUUAAAUUAUGGAGUAUGUGUCUGUGGAGAGGAGAAUAUUCUGGUUCAGGAGUUUGUGAAAUUUGGAUCACUAGAUACAUAUUUGAAAAAGAAUAAAAAUUCUAUAAAUAUAUUAUGGAAACUUGAAGUGGCUAAACAAUUGGCAUGGGCCAUGCAUUUUCUAGAAGAAAAAAACCUUAUUCAUGGGAAUGUGUGUGCCAAAAACAUUCUACUUAUUAGAGAAGAAGACAGGAAGACAGGAAAUCCUCCUUUCAUCAAGCUUAGUGAUCCUGGCAUUAGUGUUACAGUUUUGCCAAAGGACAUUCUUCAGGAGAGAAUACCAUGGGUACCACCUGAAUGUAUUGAAAAUCCUAAAAACUUAAACUUGGCAACAGACAAAUGGAGUUUUGGUACCACUUUGUGGGAAAUCUGCAGUGGAGGAGAUAAGCCUCUGAGUGCUUUGGAUUCUCAAAGAAAGCUACAGUUUUAUGAAGAUAGACACCAGCUUCCUGCACCAAAGUGGACAGAAUUAGCAAAUCUUAUUAAUAAUUGUAUGGAUUAUGAACCAGAUUUUAGACCUUCUUUCAGAGCCAUCAUACGAGAUCUUAAUAGUUUGUUUACUCCAGAUUAUGAAUUAUUAACAGAGAAUGACAUGUUACCAAAUAUGAGGAUAGGUGCCCUAGGGUUUUCUGGUGCUUUUGAAGACCGAGACCCUACUCAGUUUGAAGAGAGACACUUGAAAUUUCUGCAGCAACUUGGCAAGGGUAAUUUUGGGAGUGUCGAGAUGUGCCGGUAUGACCCUCUACAAGACAACACUGGGGAGGUGGUGGCUGUGAAAAAGCUCCAGCACAGUACUGAAGAGCACCUCAGAGACUUUGAAAGGGAAAUUGAAAUCCUUAAAUCCCUGCAGCAUGACAACAUUGUAAAGUACAAGGGAGUGUGCUACAGUGCUGGCCGGCGUAAUCUAAGAUUAAUUAUGGAAUAUUUACCAUAUGGAAGUUUACGAGACUAUCUCCAAAAGCAUAAAGAACGAAUAGAUCAUAAGAAACUUUUGCAAUAUACAUCACAAAUAUGCAAGGGUAUGGAAUAUCUUGGUACAAAAAGGUAUAUCCACAGGGAUCUGGCAACAAGGAAUAUAUUGGUAGAGAAUGAAAACAGAGUUAAAAUUGGAGAUUUUGGGUUAACAAAAGUCUUGCCACAAGACAAAGAAUACUACAAAGUGAAAGAACCUGGUGAAAGUCCUAUAUUCUGGUAUGCUCCAGAAUCACUGACAGAGAGCAAGUUUUCUGUGGCCUCAGAUGUUUGGAGCUUUGGAGUGGUUCUGUAUGAACUUUUCACCUAUAUUGAGAAGAGUAAAAGUCCACCAGCGGAAUUCAUGCGUAUGAUUGGCAACGACAAACAAGGACAGAUGAUUGUGUUUCAUUUGAUAGAACUCUUGAAGAAUAAUGGAAGAUUACCAAGACCAGAUGGAUGCCCAGAUGAGAUCUAUGUGAUCAUGACAGAAUGCUGGAAUAAUAAUGUAAAUCAACGCCCCUCUUUCAGACACCUAGCUCUUCGCGUUGAUCAAAUAAGGGACAACAUAGCUGGAUGAACGAAAUGAACUUCACUCUGAGACCAAACUAAAGUUAGAGAACAAAGUUUUGUAUUUCACAUUGCUGUGGACUAUUACUACAUAUAUCAUUGUUAUGUAUAUCAUGUUGCUAGCCACAAAGAUGUGGAAAUAUCUGCUCAAAACUUUCAAAGUAUAGUGUGUUUUUCUUUAUGGGGACACCAGUAAAAAAAAUUAAUGAAAAGUUCUGAGUAAAGAAUUUUGUAAAAAAUUUCAUGAACUUAUUAGGCAAUUAACAUCACUUUUCUUUGGCAAAAGAAAAAAAAUAGAUGUUUUUUAACUCAGAAUUUUGAGAGAUGAAAAAAUUAUAAUAUAAAUUUUACAACGUUAAAGAAGCACAGGAUACAUAUGUACAGUUUUUACCACAGUGAAUGUAUAAUACCUUGGCAUCUUGUGUGAUCUUUUACACAAGGGCUGGUUCAUUAAUGGUGUUUUCUAAUUUUUCCAUAGUUGAUCUAUAAUAACUUCACUAUACACAUUAAGAUGCUCAAAUAAUUGAAUAAGCACUUUUGUGUUCUUGUUCAUCUAUAUCACUGGCCAGCAAUAUAAGCAGGUGUACACUUUUUGCUUAUCAUUCUAUGUACUGUAAAUAUUUUUCAAAGAAAAGGGAACAAAUGUUUAGUUUUAUUUGUAUAGGAAUUUCCUUGACUAUAAAGAAUACAUUUUGAAAUGAAACAAGUUUACAAAGCUGUAACACAA